AUGGUCUCGCAGCCCGAACCCAACCCGUCUUCCGCGCUCGCACCCCAUCCUCAUCACCAUCAUCACUCGCGACGCGGGCACCACCCAUCGUCAACGACCGCCUCCUCCGUCGCCUCCCGCCCCUCGCUGUCCCGCACCAAGCGCUACGGCCGCUCCCACGCCGGCGGCACCUCGUACGUACCGCAAAACGAGUUCCCCGUCUUCGCGCACAGCGGCGAUGUCGAAAUUCUGGUCCGCGCCGGCGCCGUCGAGAAUCGCUAUCUACUGCACCGCCACACCCUGACGCGCUGCAGCGGCUUCUUCGAGGCCAGCACCUCGUCCGAGUGGUCCAAGGCACGGCCGCUUCUCGCCGGGGGGAACGAGCUCGCGCGCAUCGGCGAGGACCCGGCUUCGCUGUCGGACCGCAUCGAUGGGGAUGCACAGGGACUAACGGGCGCUAUGCCGCGCAAGAUGUGGAGGUAUGAGCUCGAUCCUGGCGCGGGCGAGGGUGACGUCCCCAUGCUUGUGCAAAGAGACGACAUGCGCGGCGGCGACGCCUCCAAGUCCGCGAUUCCCUCCAUCUUCGGCGCGGGUUCGAGCGUCGGCGCGUCAGCGCUCAAGUCGAGUCUGCGCAAAGGCGCCAGCGGCCACUCGCACUCAUCGUCUGUGCCAUCCAACCACGUCUCCUUCACCCGGUCCGUCGCCAACCUGAGUCUUGGCCCGAGCCUCUCCCAAGCCGACGAAGAUAUCCUGCGCGACUACGACAACCUGUUACGCAUCUUCUACAACUAUCCCCCGAUGCUGGACGCCAUCAACGUGGCUGAUGCCUAUGUACAAUGCAAGUCGCUGCUUGGUCUCGCAGACCUCUACGAUGCCCUCCCCGUAGUCGGUCCGCGCGUCGAUCACCACCUGCUGCAGUUCCAAUCGCGCCUCUGGAAGCAGAUUGCCAAGUACCCGAUCUCGUACCUGCGCUUGGGUUAUCUCGCCCGCAGCAAGGUAAUAUUCCAGGAAGCUUUAAUUCACGUGGUUGGUCAGUGGCCGGCUGGCGAGCGCAGCCUGCGCGCCGCGUUGCCGGACGUGGUGCUGGACAUCAUCGAAGACAAGGUGGACGAGCUUGAGGAGGCCGUUAGCCGCGUCGAAGGUCGCCUCUUCCGUCUGAGUCUAAAAACGCCGAGGGGCGAGCGCGUGACGCCGUCCAACAACUAUCUCGAGUGGCUCGUCAUCAGCCUCUUUCGGCAGUGGCUCGCCGACAACACGGCGCCGCAGCCCCCUCCCGACCGAAACGGGCGCAGUGGCCACCACCACCACCCGUCGCUGCCGCCCGCGGUGCCACCACUGACGUCGGUCGGUCGCGCGUACCGCACGCUCGGCUCUGGCAAUUCAGCCGCCUUCCUCGGUCACGACGAUUGCAAAAAGUUCCUCAAGCUGACGCCGGAGCUGUACACGCGCGAAAACCUCCGCCGCUUUGAGAAGCGCAUGGACGAGAUCAAGGCCAUGGCGCGCGACAUUGUGCGCCCCCUCCUCGGAAGCGGCCUCGAGCUAGACUUGGCCGGCUCGAGCCGAACUUCGGACGGCAUCAGCUAUCUCACAUGCACGGCGGUCGGCAACAGGGACCUGCCCUGGCUGACCGACAGUUGA